AAGAAUCUCCGUCCGUUUAGUUAGUGGUGCCCUUCACUGUUUUUUUGUCACUUAUCACGAAUUUUGAGCUUCAGUCCAAGAGCUCUAAUCGUUUGUUUUCUUAAUUGUGCACGCACUUUAUCUGCCUCGCGUUGUGAUAGAAUAUUUCUGGUGCGAUGGGAGCUGUUAGCUGCUUUUUAUCGUUAUUGGUAUGGAGCCACGGUGUUGAUGUUUUGGUGCGUGGCGCGGCCAUCGACAUAGACACGACCGUCAUCUCACACGGCAAUGACAUUCCGCGCCUCAGAACCCUGGACGAGCUCAUCAGUUCGCGGAAACCACAAUCCCAUGUCUCCAAAGUUGCCAAAAUCACAUACGAAGACGAAGACAGGCCGUUUAACGUGGGCUCGGGGUUGAAGGACAACACCCCAAAAUGGACUUCAGAGGACAAUCGAAACGAGGAAAUUGGAAAGGCCAUUCAGUUCAUGAAAUUUAUUAGCAACGUAGACAAUUUCCUUGCCUCCAAAGCUAAGGAGCUUCUCCGCGGCAUGCAUAACAUGAUCAGUGAUAAAGGAAACCUCGGCGCUAUAUUUUCCGUUGACUCGGAGGAUUCGCGCGACCAUGGCCGAAUGCCGCGACUGCUGAUGGAGUCUUGGCCCGGAUAUGACGAAGACCGACAUGGAUGGGCGAAACGUGAAAUCGGAAAACCAGACCCGGACCUCCAAGCCAAAAGAAUCCAGGACCUCGAGAAGGCCAAGAAAUUCAUGCAAAUCGUCGGACAGGUGGACGCAUACGUAUCCGAUCGGGCCAAAACUCUUCUGAAGAGUCUGCACAAUAUCAUCGACCAUCGGCAGGGAUCCUCGUCAGGCUUCAGCAAUAGGCUAUGACCUAUGACUAUGACCUAGGCUAUGACCAUUUAAUAAGUAUUUAUUGAAACGAAUAGAAUAAAUGACGAAAGCUCACCGUCCUAAAAUAAA